AUGGGCGACCCCGAAUCCCAAACAACGACAAUAGCCACCACAUUGAUCCUCCAAAAACACCCCCAAGAUGGCUACUCCCUCCCCCAAUGGCGCAAAAACAUCAUCCUCUUCGUCGUCAGCUGGAUGACCCUCGCUGUCACCUUCUCCAGCACAUCCCUUCUCCCCGCCACGCCAGAGAUCGCCGCCGAGUUCCACACCACCUCCGAGACCCUGAACGUCACCAAUGCCGGCGUGCUGCUGGCCAUGGGUUUCUCGUCGCUGAUCUGGGGGCCCUUGAAUCAUCUCAUUGGGCGGAGAAUGUCGUUCAAUAUCGCUAUCUUGGUCCUUUGUGGUUGUUCGGUGGGGACGGCGGCGUCCGUCCAUAUGAAGAUGUUUACGGCGUUUCGCGUGCUGGGGGGAUUGACGGGGACGUCGUUUAUGGUGUCUGGCCAGACUAUUCUGGCGGAUAUUUUUGAACCGGUUGUUCGUGGCACGGCGGUUGGUUUCUUCAUGGUGGGUACCGUGACAGGGCCGGCGAUUGGACCCUGCAUCGGCGGCAUCAUCGUCACCUUCGCUAGCUGGCGCAUCAUCUACUGGCUGCAAGUCGCCAUGACCGGAUUCGGCCUGAUUCUGUCUCUACUGUUCGUGCCGGAGAUCAAAUCCCAAGGAAAAGCCGAGUCGAGCGACGAAAAGGCCGGUCCGGGGACCGAGAAACCGAAGCCGAAACGUACGGUUCUAGAGGUCAUUUGCAUGUUCAAUCCAGUGCAUAUCGCACGGUUAUUGGUUUAUCCUAAUAUUCUACUUGCUGAUAUAACAUGCGGCCUCCUCUCCACAUUCCAAUACUCGAUCCUGACCUCCGCGCGCUCCAUCUUCAACCCACAUUUCCACCUCACCACCGCCCUCGUCAGCGGCCUCUUCUACCUCGCCCCAGGAGCAGGAUUCCUGAUCGGGAGCAUCGUCGGCGGGAAAUUCUCCGACCGUACCGUCCGCAAAUGGAUCGUCGAGCGCGACGGCUUGCGUCUGCCCCAGGACCGUCUGAACAGCGGUCUCGCGACCCUCUUUGGCGUCUUGCCUGCCGCGGCGCUGGUCUAUGGCUGGACCUUGGAUCAGGAGAAGGGAGGCAUGGCGGUUCCGAUUGUGGCGGCGUUCUUUGGGGGUUGGGGCCUCAUGGGCUCGUUUAAUGGGUUGAAUACUUAUGUAGCUGAAGUCCUCCCACACAAACGCAGCGAAGUCAUCAGUGGAAAAUACAUCAUUCAGUAUAUAUUCUCCGCGGGGAGUAGUGCCCUCGUGUUACCGGUGAUUCAUCAUAUCGGGGUGGGAUGGACGUUUACGAUUUGCGUGAUCUUCUCCCUCAUUGGCGGGUGUUUGGUCCUUGUGAUCACGAGAUGGGGUAUUGAUAUGCAGCGGGCUGUGGAGAGGAAGAUUCCUAUUGAUGGGGGGAAGUAA